GCGUGCUUCUCUGGUCCUUCACUUGAGCGGCGGAGGUCAAAACUGACUGGGAACUCCCACAAAACGAUGUUGAGGUGAAAAGCUCCAGCUCCACACGAUGAGGCCAGAGACACUGACCUCGUCACAGCUGUCGGUGAAAACAGCCGCUCUGCGAAUGGUCGACCUGCCUCUGACUGUCUAUGGCUCACUGACUCAGGUGAGCUUGAGCCCCGGCACUAAGCGUCUGGUGGCGGCUACAGCUUUUGGCGCCGUUUCCCUGCUUUACCUGGCGAGGCGCUUACAGAGAAGGAAGAACAGGAAAAGAAGACCCUCGCCGUCAGCGGAGUGGGACCAGGCCAACUUCGGCGUGUUCGCCAAAGCACAGCAGAACAAUGAACCUGCAAAUGAACCGGAUCUUGCUCUGCCUCUCCACAACGGAAGCUCCACCGGUUUGGUCAUAACCACCGAAACCUACAGAAAACUAUCAGGAUCCCUGCAGAGCCUGGCUUCAGUUAAAAGUAUGGCCUCCUCCAGUAGCAGUACCUGUGCCAAUAAUUCCACGUGUUGGGACCGACCGGAGGACUCAGAUGUGGGCAGUGUGCUCAAUUUGCCUGUAACAACGCCAGAAAAUCUCUAUUUAAUGGGUAUGGAUCUGUUUGAGGAGGCGUUGAGGCGGUGGGAAGAAGCUUUGACUUUCAGGAGUAAACAAAGUGACGACGAUGACGAAAACUGUGGCUCCAUUAAAACUGGAGCUGGAGACGCCAUCGCCGAGCAGAGUAUGGAGGACGUCAUCAGUGCAGAGUUCAUCCACAGACUGAAAUCCCUCCUUCAGAGAGCGUACCAUUUACAAGAGGAGUUUGAGGGAGUGCUGGGCAUGUCCGGGUCCAGCAGCCAAGCAGAGAAAAUGGCAGAGAUGUUGUCCAAUGAGGAUCUGGAGGACGCGUACCUUCGAGACACUAUCAGCGUCGCAGACUCGACAGACUCUUUUGUGUCAGCCGCUGAGUUGUCCGAACACAGAGAGCUGAGGAGCGUUUUGGGGCAUCACCCGUUUUAUGAAGAGCUGCAGUUGGCCGAAGAAGGAAACAUCACCUGUAGAGUCCUCAGGACAGAGAUGUUGGAUUGCCUCGGAGACUUGGAUUUCCUUGCCAAAUUACACUGUGUUCGCCAAGCCUGUGAGCUCAUUUUGUGUGAGAGGACGACCCGCAUGUUUUUGGCUGAAACUGGAAAGAAAAUUCUGUCCUCCAUCAUUGUCAAAGCUCACAAGAGUCCAAAACAGUUUGAAGAAGUUUUUGAGGAACUAAUUUCGUUUCUAGAGAACACAGAUCACUGGGAGAACACGGAGGUGGAGCUUGCUACACGAGGGGUCAGACAUUUGAACUUCUACGACAUUGUGCUGGAUUUUAUUCUCAUGGAUUCAUUUGAGGAUCUGGAAAAUCCACCCAUCUCCAUUCAAAAUGUGAUCAACAACAGGUGGCUCAACAGCUCCUUCAAAGAAACGGCGGUGGCAUCAAGCUGUUGGUCAGUGCUCAAACAAAAAAGGCAACAUAUGAAGGUUCACGACGGCUUCAUCGCUCACUUCUACAGUGUGUGUGAACAGAUCAGUCCAGUUUUGGCCUGGGGCUUUCUGGGGCCCAAGAGCUCCCUGCACGACUUCUGCUGCUUCUUCAAGGACCAGGUGCGGCACUUCCUGAGGGACAUUUUCGACCUGGACAAAGUGCGUUACAGUUCAGUGGACACUUUGGCGGAGGACAUCCUGCGUCUCCUGCACAGACGCUCGGAGCUGCUGCUGGCUUACGUGGGCGCAGACUCGCUUCAUCUAGACACCUGCAAUAACAAUGAACUAGAACUGCUCCCCAACGCUCUGUUAGAGGCAAGAGUGCAAUAAAAGGCCACGCUGUAGAAGAACGACUUUUAAUAGCCUUAAUAAAGCAUGAACAAAGACCAUUCACAAUAAACAAAUCUUUAAAAAGGUCCUACAUGAUGCAGAAGUGACUCUUGUGAGCUUUAAGCCACGUUAGAACACACUUACUUCAUCAAAAACAGACCUGGAGUUGUGUUUUGUUUAAUUUACACGUUUGCGUAAUCGUUUAUUAUUAGUCUGUCUACAUCGCCAAAGCUCAAAAUGCUCCGUUCCUCCGUAGUUUUGGAUUUAACUGCUACGUUUUACCUUUUUAUUUUGGUAGAGAUUGGGAGUUUUCUUGUUUGAGAGAAGCCUGAAUAUGCAGGAAACAACUCCAGGUUUGUUUGUGAUGAAGAAACAACAUUAUAACAUAGAUCAGAAAAUGGCCUUUAAGAAUUAUUCUAGCUUAUUAACGGCUAUCCUUUCACUUUUUCAUCUUAAAAAUGUGAAAGACACCACUACUUGCGAUCAAAGUAAAGUUAACGACAACAACGUGCUUAUAUAAGACAUUUUACUUGAAUACAUUGAG